AAGCACCCACCUUUUCUUCCCAACAUUCAAUACUAUAUUCGACCUUCUACAACCAUACAAAACCCCGUACCACAUUCAGCUUUCUCUACUUCUCUAUCCUUUUCAUUUCUCCAUAAAACAAUUCAUAAUGGAACUGGGUUUUUCAGAAAUCACUCUAUCUUUCCUCAAAAAUUUAAUCUUUUUGAGGGAAUCCUCUGUUUUUUUACAUUUAAUUUUAAAUUUAGGCCUAAUUUAUUCAUGGGUAAGCAAAUUUUUCUUAAGAAUAGACAAUAAAGACUCUAAAGAUCAAACCUUUUGGCAUUAUAAACCAUUUCUCUUUUGUUCUCUAGGUGUUUCUUCAUAUAAUCUUGUAUUUUUAUGCUUAAAUUGCUUUUACUGGUAUAGACAUGGUUGGACAGAUGAAAAAAUUGCUACCCUUUUGGAUUUAGCAUUGAGAGUGCUUGGUUGGUUGCUAUUUUCUAUCUAUUUGCAUACAAGAAACCAUCAUUAUGGGUUAAAACUUCCUCUUUUGUUAAGAAUAUGGUUGGGUUUUUACCUUGCUUUCUCUUGUUUUAGUCUUGCUAUGGACAUUGUUUCAUUACGGGGAAGCAAAAAUUUUCCAAUUCAAGUUUUGAUAUCUGAUAUUGUGUAUGUCAUAUCAGGAAUUAUUCUUUGUUGUGUUGGGAUUUUUGGGAAAUUUACUAUGGAAGAUGUUCAUCUUCAAGAACCCUUUUUGAGUGGUAAUAGUAAUGGUAGAAUUAACUUAAGUAAAAAUGAAGGGAGUGAAACAAUUAGUCCUUAUUUGAGUGCUGGUUUGCUUAGUAACUUAACUUUUACUUGGGUAGGCUCUUUAAUUUCCAAAGGGUAUAAGAAAACUUUGGAUCUUGAGGAUGUUCCUUCACUAUCAGGUAAAGAUGAUGUUAGUGAAUCCUAUAUGAUUUUUAGGGAUUGUAUAGAUUCUUUUAGGGAUUGUAGUGAUAAGAAAGUGACAACUAUGCAAUUAGUGAAAUCUUUGAUUCUUACAACUAGGGUUGAUAUCCUAUUGACUGCUAUCCUUUGUUUAACUUAUACAUUAGCAUCCUAUGUGGGUCCCUUUCUCAUUGAUUCCUUUGUUCAAUACCUUAAUGGGAAAAGGGUAUUCAAAAACCAAGGCUAUUUACUAGUUUCGACCUUUUUCAUUGCUAAGUUAGUGGAAUGUUUAUCUCAAAGGCAUUGGUUCUUUAGGCUUCAAGUAGUUGGGAUUAGGGCAAAAUCUGUGCUUAUAGAGAGCAUAUAUAACAAGGCAUUAACACUCUCGUGUCGAUCGAAACAAGGUCAUACAAGUGGGGAGAUGAUCAACUUCAUGUCAGUUGAUGCAGAGAGAGUAUGUGAUUUUAGUUGGUAUAUGCAUGAUCUAUGGAUGGUUGUAUUGCAAAUUGUAUUGGCUUUGAUUAUCUUGUAUAGAAGUCUUGGCCUCGCAUCGAUUGCUACUUUUGUUGCAACCGUGAUUAUAAUGUUGGCCAAUUAUCCUUUAUCAACUUUUCUUGAGAACUAUCAAGAUAAGUUGAUGGAAUCAAAGGAUAAGAGGAUGAAGGCUACAUCUGAGAUAUUGAAAAACAUGAGAAUUCUAAAGCUUCAAGCUUGGGAGAUGAAAUUCUUGUCCAAGAUUGUGGGGUUAAGAGAAACUGAAAAUGGUUGGUUAAAGAAGUUUCUUUACACUAAUGCCAUUACAACUUUUGUUUUUUGGGGUGCCCCAACAUUUGUGUCUGUUAUUACUUUUGGGACUUGUAUGAUUUUAGGUAUCCCUUUAGAAUCAGGAAAGAUUUUAGCUGCACUAGCAACAUUUAGGAUUCUUCAAGAACCCAUUUACAAUCUGCCUGAUACCAUAUCUAUGAUCAUUCAAACAAAAGUUUCCCUUGAUAGAAUUGCAUCUUUUCUUUGCCUUGAUGACUUAGAACUUGACAAUGUAGAGAGAUUACCUAGGGAGGCUUCUGGGGUUGCAAUUGAGAUAAACAAAGGGAAUUUUAGUUGGGACCCAUCAGCCUUGUGCCCUACAUUGAAGGACAUCAACCUUAGAGUUAAACAUGGUAUGAGGGUGGCAGUUUGUGGGACAGUUGGUUCUGGCAAGUCGACCUUACUGUCUUGCAUUUUGGGUGAGGUUCCGAAGCUCUCUGGAGUGUUAAGACUCGGUGGAUCGAAGGCUUAUGUUCCGCAAUCGCCUUGGAUUCAGAGUGGUAAGAUAGUUGAUAAUAUCUUGUUUGGUGGGGAAAUGGAUAGUAAAAGGUAUGACAGGGUACUCGAGGCGUGUUCCUUGAAGAAGGAUCUCGAAAUCUUGGCAUUCGGAGAUCAGACGAUUAUUGGUGAGAGAGGCAUAAAUUUGAGUGGUGGUCAGAAGCAAAGGAUACAAAUCGCGCGUGCUUUGUACCAAGAUGCUGAUAUUUAUCUGUUUGAUGAUCCUUUUAGUGCUGUUGAUGCUCACACAGGAAGUCAUCUUUUCAAGGAAUGUCUGCUCGGCGUUUUAGAAUCCAAGACUGUUGUAUAUGUCACACACCAAGUUGAAUUCUUACCAGCUGCUGAUUUAAUCUUGCUCAUGAAAAAUGGGAGGAUAUUGCAAGCAGGAAAAUACAAUGAUAUUCUUGCAUCAGGAACAGAUUUCAUGGAACUUGUUGGAGCGCACGAAGAAGCAUUAUCGGCACUUGAGACAAUCGACCCUAGAGAGAAAGCGACGACUAUUGACGACUGUGAUAAAAAAUCCCUAGAAAUAGAAACGGGUAUUGGUAACGUAGGAAAAGAAGAGGAUACAACGGGGCCUAAGGGACAACUCGUUCAAGAAGAAGAACGAGAGAAAGGUAGAGUUGGACUCUCGGUGUAUUGGAAAUACAUCACAACAGCAUAUGGGGGAGCUUUGGUACCCUUCAUAUUGCUAGCUCAAAUAAUUUUCCAGACUCUUCAAAUACUAAGCAACUAUUGGAUGGCUUGGGCAACUCCUGUCUCCGCUGAUGCUAAACCUUUAGUCGAUGGAAAAACAUUGAUUCUUGUCUAUGUUGGUUUGGCCGUUGGAAGUUCCUUUUGUAUCCUUGCAAGGGCGACUCUUCUUAUGACUGCUGCAUACAAGACGGCUACUUCACUUUUUAGUAAGAUGCACUCUUGCAUUUUCCGCGCUCCAAUGUUAUUUUUUGACGCUACUCCAAGUGGGAGGAUCUUAAAUCGGGCAUCUACAGAUCAGAGUGCUGUGGAUAUGAUCAUUCCGAGUCAAGUUGGUGCAUUUGUGUUUUCAUUGAUACAACUUCUGGGUAUUAUAGUAGUUAUGUCACAAGUUGCGUGGCAGGUUUUCGUGAUUUUCAUCCCCGUUACUGCAAUUUCUCUGUGGUAUCAGCAAUUUUACAUACCCUCAGCACGAGAACUUUGUCGAUUGGUUGGGACGACCAAAGCUCCAGUAAUACAACAUUUUUCCGAGACCAUAUCAGGAGCGACAACUAUAAGGAGCUUUGAUCAAGAAUCUAGAUUUUGUGAAACAAGCGUAAAGCUAGUAAACGAAUAUUCAAGACCAAAGUUCUACAAUGCUGCUGCAAUGGAAUGGCUGUGCAUUCGCUUGGACUUGCUAUCUUCAAUUACAUUUGCCACCUCAUUAAUGUUUUUGAUAUCCAUUCCCGUUGGAUUGAUCGAUCCUGGAAUUGCUGGCUUAUCUGUUACAUAUGGUCUUAAUCUGAAUAUGCUACAAGGUUGGCUCAUAUGGAAUUUAUGUAAUAUGGAGAAUAAAAUCAUCUCCGUUGAGAGAAUCUUUCAGUAUACAUCUAUUCCGAGUGAACCUCCAUUAGUUAUCAAAGAAAGUGAACCAGAACCGUCUUGGCCAUCUCAAGGAGAAGUCCACAUUCAAAAUCUUCAGAUUCGAUAUGCUCCUCAUAUGCCUCUUGUGUUGCGAGGUAUUACGUGCACUUUCCAAGGAGGGAAGAAAACCGGCAUAGUAGGGAGGACCGGAAGUGGUAAAUCCACCCUAAUACAGGCACUUUUUCGCAUUAUUGAACCUGCUGCAGGGCAGAUAAUGUUAGAUGGUAUCAACAUUUCUUCCAUUGGACUGCAUGAUUUACGGUCUAGAUUAAGUAUAAUCCCGCAAGAUCCCACCAUGUUUGAAGGAACUGUCCGAAGCAACUUAGAUCCUCUUGAAGAAUACUCUGAUGAACAAAUUUGGGAGGCCCUCGAUAAAUGCCAACUCGGAGAUGAAGUUAGAAAGAAAAACGGGAAGCUUGAUUCAAUAGUUACGGAAAAUGGAGAAAAUUGGAGCAUGGGACAACGACAACUCGUUUGUCUAGGUCGAGUGCUUCUCAAGAAAAGCAAAGUAUUGGUUCUUGAUGAAGCAACUGCAUCAGUCGACACUGCAACAGAUAAUCUAAUUCAACAAACGCUAAAAGAAUACUUCUCAGAUUCAACCGUGAUUAUCAUUGCACAUCGGAUAACCUCUGUUAUCGAUAGUGAUAUGGUGUUACUCUUAAGCCACGGACUUGUUGAGGAAUGUGAUUCUCCUGUAAGGUUGCUCGAGAACAAGUCCUCGUCGUUUGCUAAACUUGUCGCAGAGUAUACAACACGGUCUAUAUCAAAUGUGGAGCCAACAACUAGAAAUCACAACAAAACUCGUACGAUAAUUUAUUAACCUUUAAUGUGAAAAAAAGGUAAUGGCGAAAAAUACGAGUACAAAAUAAGAUUUCUGAAAUUCAGUUAAGUGAUGUUAUCAAUUUUGUAAUAACAAGAGAAAAAACUAUGAUUAUGUAAAUGUUAGCAAAAAAUAAGUUGAAUAAAACGUUCAUUUCUAAGCUUUUUCCUUAA